AUAAGCCGCGUAUCGCAUGAGAGUCGAAGAGAAAAUUUAUCAAUCGACAUUUCCGGUGUUAUUUCAAAUCCGACUGGAAACACUUAGCGACAUCUGUACGGACAAAACAGGAACAAUCGGUGGCGUUUAAAAGCUAACGAUCUUUUUAAAUCUCCCCUUGGAAGUUGCGUUCGUUUAAAUCGCGCUCUCGGGAAUCCACUCGAAGAGAUAUCCGAGCCUAUGUUGAUGUAAUUUGAAUCAAGACCACAAAAAAAGAGAAGGAAAUUUCACGAUCGACCAACGCAUAUCUCAGACGCUAGCGAAUGCCGGCACAACGGAGAUACGUUACAGCAUUGUCUCAAACUCGUUUCCUACUUCUUUAGGAUCCUUUCAAGGACGCUCGACAUUCACUUGCAAUGACACAUUUUAAGUUCAUGAAGGAACUCGACAAUCUCACCCGCAUGGAUGAUGCUAUCAAAGGCGCGGUUCCGCGAUGGCAAAAGAAAUGCUUGGAGACAUCUAAUUUGAGCUUAAAUCAGAAUUUGAACUCAUCAAAGAAAGCUACAAGUUGUUCCUUCAUGAGCAAUACAUCAGGAAAAUCACCGACGAAGAAGAAUGACUUUAAAACUAAGAAAACUCCUUCUAAAUGUACCAAGAAAUCUCCAAGUCGUGCUACUACUCCAGCUAAAACACCCACUGCUGGUGAUAGAUUUAUUCCGGCAAGAUCUACAACUAAUUUUGAAUUGAGCCACUUCAAGAUUCUUCAGCAACAAAAUGCAGAACAAGACAAAGACAAAACUGAUAUAAGUCCUACAAAACGAGAGAUGCAGCGUCUUAUAGGGGAGAAUCUUUAUGGUGGUGAUAUAAGCAACACAAGGAUUUUGUCCUAUCAGAUUAAAGCACCAGCCCCACCGGAGGGAUAUCAGAAUCCUCUCAAAGUCCUGUAUAGUCAAGCUAAAACACCGGCUAGUGUCAGAGCUUCCAUGAGAUACAUACCACAAGCUCCUGAUAGGAUACUGGAUGCUCCAGAAAUUAUUGAUGAUUAUUAUUUAAACUUGGUGGAUUGGUCAAAUAAUAAUAUUUUGGCUGUAGCGCUAGGUGCUAAUGUAUAUUUGUGGAAUGCUGGAACUGGUAGUAUAGAACAAUUAUUUGAAUUAGAGGCAAACGAUUAUGUAUGCUCUGUUGCUUGGGUUCAGGAAGGUCCAUUAGCAGUGGGCACCACGAUAGGAAAUACGGAAUUGUGGGAUUGCAGUCAAAUGAAGAGGAUGCGUGUUAUGAAUGGACAUGCUGCUAGAAUAGGUUCUCUUGCCUGGAAUUCCCAUGUACUGUCGAGUGGCUGCAGGUCAGGUAAAAUAGUUCAUCACGAUGUCAGGCAACGAGAUCACUUGAUCUCGACUAUAAGUGCACACGCUCAAGAAGUGUGCGGUUUGAAAUGGUCACCCGAUGGACAAUAUUUGGCGAGUGGUGGCAACGACAACAUGUUGCAAAUCUGGCCGUCGAUCAGCGGACAAAAACACUCUCAGACACAACCUAUUUAUUCAUUCAAUCAGCAUCAAGCUGCCGUAAAAGCUCUCGCUUGGUGUCCUUGGCAGAAUAAUGUACUCGCAAGCGGUGGCGGUACCGCUGAUCGAACCAUUAGGUUUUGGAAUUGUAAUACAGGUGCCUGUUUGAAUUCGAUAGACACAAAGUCUCAAGUCUGCGCCCUUUUAUGGUCCACGAAUUACAAAGAGAUUGUUUCUGGACAUGGAUAUGCGCAAAAUCAGCUAACAAUUUGGAAAUAUCCGACGAUGACGAAACUCGCGGAACUUACCGGUCACACCAGUCGUGUUUUGCAUUUGGCCAUGUCUCCGGAUGGAACUACGGUACUUAGUGCCGGUGCUGAUGAAACACUAAGGCUAUGGAAAUGUUUCCAAAUGGAUUCUCAAAAAAAGAAAGAAACCAAUGAUGUAAAAUCGGUUGCAUCCAGAUUGAAACAAUCAAUUCGAUAAAAUCGACAUGUUACGCAUGUUGCUUAGUAAUUAUUCUUGUAUUUAUUUUUUUUUAAAUGAUUCAAUAAUGAUCGAUAUAUAAAUAAAAAUAGAAUGAUAUAUUUUGACUUAGUCGAGGAUUAUCGAAUACAUUGACUUGUCAAAUCGAUUGACUAAUUUACUUUAUAGAAAAUUAGAAAAAUACAAAAAUAUUCGUUAAUAAUAAAUACAAUACAUAUUUGGAAUGCAUGUGUGUCAGUAACACCGAAUCAUUUAUUAGACGUUGUAGAAUUGCGAAGGAAACUUCUUCUACUCCUCUUGGAGAAGCAACCGCUUGUGCGUCUUAUUUCUAUUAACUAAAUACGAACCGCUAAGGUUCGAUAUUACUAUAUACAUUAUGCCGAUAAUUAAACGCGGAAAUUAGAAAGGUUUCACAUUAAGGAUACAACGAUAAGAGUAAUAAUUAAUUAACAAUAAGUAAUUAAUCUUUAUUAUUAACUAUUAACUUA